UUUAAUGUGAAAGUGCCCCCCCCCAGGACAACGCUACUUCCUAUCUCAUCAGCUUUAUGGGCUUUUAUUUUGAAGGCUCAUGUAGACAGCAGUGACCGACCAGCUGAAGGCGACUGUAACUCGUGAAUUGUUACACAAUUUUGUUUUUCUUCAACUGAAGAUGAUCAGUAAUCACUUCUACGUUGAUGUCACUAACGUAUUAAAACACCGGUAUUCAGUUUUUCCCCCAUCAAACCUCUUAUUUUGACAGCGCAGACGUGAACUGAGCCUGUGACGUAUGAUUUCACUUCCGGACUGUGCCCCCCGUCUCUCUCUCUGAUCAUGGACAGUCAAAAGGAAGCUCUUCGCAGGAUCAUUAGCACGUUAGCCAAUAAAAAUGAAGAGCUACAGAACUUCCUGGAAACGGUUGACAACACAUUGGUGGGACUACAGAGGGAGUCCUGCAAGGUGAUGACAGACCUGGAGGAGGAGCUUGAGUUGCUGAGCUCCGCCCUCCACGAGAGAGGUGAGGAGCUGCGUGACAUCAUCAGAGAGGAAAAGCACAGAAAGGAGGCGGAGCUUCAGGAGCAGCUGUCAGAGGGAAAGGUCGCUCUGCAGUCGUGUGAGCAGCUGCUGGAGUUCGCAAACAAAACACUCGGCAUCACCACCGAAGAAGAAUUCCUCACGGCUGCAAAACAAAUCAAAGAACGGGUGACCAUGGCGCCAGCGUUUCGGCUGACGACUCGUCCGGCUGUGUCCGAAAACAUGGCGCAGUUCACUGUCGACUUCAGCGCAGAGAGGGCGGGGCUUCAGCGACUUGAAUUCCUGCCAGUUCCCAGACCUCCAGAGAUCGACGUCUCCAGAUGUGUCGUUUGUGACAACAACGUCACCGUUGCCUGGCGACCAGCUGACGAGGGUGACAACGAUGACUUCACCGGACCAAUCAAAAGCUACGAACUCGAAUAUCGUAAAGCGAGCCACGACAGCUCGGCGAGAGCCGCAGCAGAGGCAUGCUGGGAAAAAAUCUGUGACAUCAGAGAUUCCCAGGUCACCAUCUCAGAUCUGAAGUUUGAUUCCCGCUUCAUCAUGUUUCGCGUGCGAGCAAAAAACAAAGCGGCUGCCGGAGAAUUCUCUGAGCCUGUCGCCAUGGAAACCAGAGCAUUUAACUUCGGCUUUGACGCGGCAACGGCUCACGCUGAGCUGAAGGUUCACGGCGACACGGUGACCUGGGAGCCUCAGCGGGUCAAAGGUCACGACCCCAGACUCAGAGCCAAAGACUGCAAAAACAGCAGAAGUGCAACACCGUCGCCCAAUAAGGCAGGGAACCGAACGGGUCGCGACAGAUUUGCCGGAGAGUCGUACACAGUGCUGGGUGACCAGGAGAUGGCUGGCGGCUGCCACUACUGGGAGCUCCGCCUCUUGGCCGACUGGAAGUCGUUCAGUGUGGGCGUGGCUUAUCGGCCCAGCUUGGGCCGCUUUGACCAAUUAGGAAAGAGCGCCGGUUCAUGGUGCGUUCACGCGAGCCAGUGGCUGCAGAACUCGUUAGCAGCCAAACACAACAACCGAGCAAAGGCGCUGGAUUGGCUGCUGCCUCAGCGAAUCGGAAUCUACUGUGACUACGACAAUGGUGAUUUAUGUUUCAUCGAUGUCGAUCAACGUCGGCUUCUCCAUUCCUUCAAAACAAAGUUCAGCCAGCCGCUCGUCCCCGCCUUCACUGUCUGGUGUGGCGGUAUCACCGUGGUGACGGGUCUUCAGGUGCCGAGCUUCAUAGACAGUUUCCUCUCCACCAGUCGGAGCCUGAGCGACUUGUCCCAGUAGAUGUUUCAUGUGAUCAGUGAUUAAAAGUUUAUUUAUGAGUAAAAUGUAACGCGUAGAAUUUAUUUAUCAUGAAAUGUUUAUUUGAAAAAUACGAUUUUUAAAACCUCAUUGAUUGUUUUAGUAUUUCUAAUGUUAGAGAUUAUGUUUCUAUUUAUUAAUGAUAAAGUGUGACACAUGAAUAACACUAUUUAUCAUUAAAAAUCAAUUUAAAAUGACAUUUAUUUAAUUUUUUUUUUAAACAAGAGCCAUUGAUUGUUUCUGCCUGCUUUUAGUUUGAAAGUCCACAUUUGAAGCCAGGGUUUUAUAGUGUGAGGGCUUUUAAUCUGAAGCAAUUGUAAUUGUUUUUUUCUUCCAUUUAUUUAAUUAAACAGGAAGUCCUAUAUUUUAAAGAUUACAACUACAGUAUGUGUAGUUGAGGCUUUUAUUCUGAAAAAGUUUAUUAGAGAUAGUGAUUUAUUUUGAAGGUGAGAGCAGAACGUCCAAAUAAAUAAUUUUGAUAAGCUGUGAAAAAUCAAAAUAAACAUUAUAAAGUUGUU